CAGCGGAGAGGAGGAGGAGGAGGAAGGAGAGGUUGUGUCAGGUGGAAACCGGGACCUCUAUGGAUCUCAGCAUCCCCCUCCACCGGACCUCAGCUGCAGGGACAACCUCCCCCCGACCCCCGGAGCCCCCGGAGCCCACGGAGCCCACAGCCCAGUCCCCGAGCACCCAUCGCGGGGGGAUCCAGGUGGAAGAGCCGCGGAGCGUCUGCCUCCUCCAUUGACUCAACCUUAGAGGAGGAGGAGGACGAAUCCAAUCAGCAGAACGGACAGUGAUCCCAAAGGUUGUUGGGCGCGAUGGCUAAUGCCUCCCCGGACCUGGACAACGCCGAAGCCCAGCGCCAGCUCAACAACAACAACCGACCGAUCGGCUCUGGGUUCUGGGAGACGGAGUGCACGAGCUCCAAGCUGUUCGAGUGCUCGCGCAUCAAGGCCUUGGCAGAUGAGAGAGAUGCUGUGCAGAAGAAGACUUUCACCAAGUGGGUGAACUCCCACCUAGCCAGAGUGUCCUGUCGAAUAUCGGACCUGUACAACGACCUGCGGGAUGGGUACAUGCUCACCCGACUGCUGGAGGUGCUCAGCGGAGAGAUGCUGCCGAGACCUACGAGGGGCCGCAUGCGGAUCCACUGCCUGGAAAAUGUGGAUAAAGCCCUGCAGUUCCUCAAGGAGCAGAGGGUUCACCUGGAAAACGUUGGUUCCCACGACAUCGUGGACGGAAACCACCGCCUCACCCUGGGACUCAUGUGGACCGUCAUCCUCCGCUUCCAGAUCCAGGUGAUCAAGAUAGCGACGGAGGACAACCGAGAGACGCGCUCCGCCAAGGAUGCGCUGCUGCUCUGGUGCCAGAUGAAGACUGCAGGGUACCCUGAGGUCAACAUCCAGAACUUCACCACCUGCUGGAGAGACGGCCUCGCCUUCAACGCCCUCAUACACAGACACAGACCGGACCUAAUAGAGUUCAACAAGCUGACCCGCUCCAAUGCGACCCACAACCUCCAGCAAGCCUUCAACGUCGCCGAGCAUCACCUGGGCCUCACCAAGCUGCUGGACCCCGAGGAUGUGAACACGGAAAACCCGGAUGAGAAGUCCAUCAUCACCUACGUGGUCUCCUACUACCACUACUUCUCCAAGAUGAAGGCUCUUAUUGUGGAGGGGAAGAGAGUCGGGAAGGUGCUGGACAGCUGCGUGGAGGCGGAGAAGGUCAUCGAGCGCUACGAGUCCCUGGCGUCGGACCUGCUGGACUGGAUCGAGAAGACCAUCGCCGUCAUCAGCAACCAGAAGUUUGCCAACUCGCUGACGGGCGUCCAGCAGCAGCUGCAGGCCUUCACCACCUACUGCACCGUGGAGAAGCCCAUCAAGUUCCAGGAGAAGGGGAACCUGGAGGUUCUCCUCUUCACCAUCCAAAGCAAACUCAGAGCCAACAACCAGAAACCGUACGUGCCUCACGAGGGGAAGCUGAUCUCCGACAUCAACAAGGCGUGGGAGAGGCUGGAGAAGGCGGAGCACGAGAGGGGCGUGGCCCUGCGCAAGGAGCUGAUUCGCCAGGAGAAGCUGGAGCUGCUGGCUCAGCGCUUCGACCACAAGACCACCAUGAGGCAGGCGUGGCUCAACGAGAACCAGCGGCUCGUGUCACAGGACAACUUCGGCUACGACCUGCCGGCGGUGGAGGCGGCCAUGAAGAAGCACGAGGCCAUCGAGGCGGACAUCGCCUCGUACGAGGAGCGGAUCGGCGUGGUGGUGGAGCUGUCGGCGGAGAUGGAGGCGGAGGGCUACUACGACAUCCGGCGCAUCCUGGCGCGGAAGGAGAACAUCCUGGGCCAGUGGAGCCUGCUGAAGGAGCUGGUGGGCGGCAGGAAGACGCGGCUGGAGAAGAACCUGGCGCUGCAGAAGACUUUCCAGGACAUGGUGUACAUGAUCGACUGGAUGGAGGACACGCAGGUCCAACUGCUCUCCAAGGACUUCGGGAAGCAUCUCCUGGAGGUGGACGACCUGCUGCAGAAGCACAACCUGCAGGAGGCCGACAUCGCCGUGCAGGCCGAGAGGGUGGAGACGCUCAACACGGCCGCGCUCAAGUUCACUACCGUGGAGGGCUACCAGCCGUGCGACCCGCAGGUGAUCUGUAACCGCGUCAGCCACGUCUCCUCCUGUGUGGAGGAGCUGAAGCAACUGGCCGCCAAGAGACGCGCCGAGCUGGAGGAGUCCAGGAAACUGUGGGCUUUUUUUCAGGAGCUGGAGGAAUCGGAGGCUUGGAUCCGGGAGAAAAGCUUCAUCCUGGCGGCUCAGGGACACGGCAAAGACCUGAGCAGCGUCCUCAGGUUGCUGCAGAAACACAAGACUCUGGCCGGCGAGCUGCUGGCGCACCGGUCGCUGCUGCAGAACACCAUGAAGCAGGGGAAGCAGAUCCUGAGCGAGAAGAGCUUCGGCACAGCGGGCAUCCAGGAGCGCAUCAUGGAGGUGAAGUGCGAGUGGAAGCGGCUGGAGGACCAGGCGGCGCAGCACCUCAGCCACCUCCAGGAGGCGCUCAACUUCUUCCAGUUCUCCACGGAGACGGACGACCUGGUGGCCUGGCUGCAGGACGCGUACCGCCUGGUGUCCAGCGAGGACUUCGGCCACGACGAAUACUCCACGCAGUCGCUGCUGAAGAAGCACCGCGGCGUCACCGAGGCCGUGGACAAGCACCGCCUGCACGUGCUGGCGCUGCGCAAACACAUGGUGGCGCUGCCGCUGCAGUUCCGCGAUCAGGAGGAGGUGCAGAUGCGCAUGGGGGAGGUGGAGCAGCUGUACACGGAGGUGGCGGAGGUGGCGGUGCUCCGGCAGCAGUGGCUCCACGACGCGCUCGCCGUCUACCACAUGUUCAGCGAGGUCAACGCCUGCGAGCUGUGGAUCGACGAGAAGGAGCAGUGGCUGGACCGGAUGGAGAUCCCCGAGAAGCUGGAGGACGUGGAGGUGGUGGCGCACAGGUUCGAGAGCCUGGACCAGGAGAUGAACAGCCUGAUGGGACGGAUCCUGGACGUCAAUCAAAUCGUCCAGCAGCUCCUGGACGGAGGUCACCCCUCUUCCACGGAGGUCCGAGGCUGCCAGGACCACCUCAACUCCAGGUGGAACAGCAUCGUGGAGCUGGUGGAGCAGAAGAAGGACCAGCUGGACUCCAUGCUGCGUCUGCAGAACUACCUGCUGGAGUGUGCCGAGAUCAAGUCCCAGAUCCAGGACAAGAGGAAAGCCAUCGACGCCACCCAGUACGUGGGCAGCGACCUGGGGGGGGUGCUGGCGCUGCAGAGACGCCUCUCCACCAUGGAGGGGGCGCUGGCGGUCCUGGAGCCCAAACUGCUGCACCUGCAGGAGGAGGCGGAGCAUCUGGCCACGGCGCACGGAGACCGGGCCAUGGAGAUCCUGGUGCCCUUCGAUGGCAUCAGCGUGGAGUGGGAGGAGCUGAAGCGGACCCUGCAGGGGUGCGAGGACUCGCUGAUGGUGGCCAGCCGGCUACAGAGCUUCAUACAGGACCUGGACUCGUUCCUCACCUGGCUGGUCCAGACCCAGACGGCCGCGGCCUCCGACCAGCUCCCCAACGACCUGGAGGAGGCGGAGAAGCUCAUCAACAAGCACGCCGCCCUCAAGGAGGAGAUCGGCCGGUACGAGGAGGACUACGAGCGGCUGCAGGCCAUGAACGAGCUGCUGGAGUCGGAGGAGGCGCCGCUGCCGCAGGCCGCCCUGCAGCAGUGGCUGCAGAAGCUGGACGUGGGCUGGAACAAGCUGCUGGAGAUGUGGGAGAGCAGGAGGGAGGUUCUGGUCCAGGCCCACAUCUUCCACCUGUUCCUGCGGGACGUCAAGCAGGCCGAGUCCUUCCUCAACAACCAGGAGUCGGCCCUCGCUCACGUGGAGCUGCCCACCACGGUGGAGACGGUGGAAGCCGCCAUCAAGAAGCACAAGGACUUCACCACCACCAUGGAGCUGAACCUGCACCGCAUCAAGGCCGUGAUCGAGGCCGGCGAGAGUCUGAUCAGCCAGAGCAACAUCUACUCGGACCGCAUCAGGGAGCGCGUUGACACCCUGGCCAACAGGGGGAACCAGAACCGGGAGCUGGCCCAGCGCUGGCUGGAGAGGCUGAACGUGCAGUGGGGGCUGCAGAGGUUCCUUCAGGACUGUCACGAGCUGGGGGACUGGGUGCACGAGAAGAUGCUGAUGGCGAGGGACGGCAGCCGGGACGAGACCCAGAAGCUCCACAAGAAGUGGCUGAAGCACCAGGCCUUCAUGGCCGAGCUGGCCCAGAACAAGGAGUGGCUGGACAAGAUAGAGAGGGAGGGCCAGCAGCUGAUCCAGGAGAAGCCCGAGCUCAGCCCGGUGGUCCGGAGGAAGCUGGAGGAGAUCCGGGAGUGCUGGCAGGACCUGGAGAGCACCACGCAGGCCCGAGCCCGCCAGCUCUUCGAGGCCAACAAGGCCGACCUGCUGGUGCAGAGCUACGACAGCCUGGACCAGCGGCUGGGGCAGCUGGAGGGGCAGCUGGCCUACGUGGACCAGGGCCAGGACCUCACCGGCGUCAACAAGCAGCUCAAGAAGCUGCAGACCCUGGAAGGCCAGAUGGAGGAGUGGUACAAGGAGGUGGGGCAGCUGCAGGUGCAGGCGGCCUCCAUCCCGCAGCAGAUGCAGAUGAAGGGGACGGUUGCCGAGCGACAGACGGUGGUGGAGUCCAGGAUGGUGCGCCUGAUCGAGCCGCUGAAGGAGAGGAGACGCAUCCUCCUGGCCUCCAAGGAAGUCCACCAGGUCGCACGAGACCUGGAGGACGAGAUUCUGUGGGUGCAGGAACGGCUCCCGCUGGCCACGUCUCAGGAGCACGGCGCCACCCUGCAGGCCGUCCAGCAGCUCAUGAAGAAGAACCAGAUGCUUCAAAGGGAGCUGCAGGGACACCGCAGCAGGAUCGAAGACGUCCUGGACCGGGCGGGACUCAUCGCCUCCAUCCGCAGCCCCGAGGCCGACUGCAUCCGGGCGGGCCAGGACCAGCUGGCCCACCUGUGGGCUCUGCUGUGGGCCGAGACGGAGCGGCGGCAGCUGGUCCUGGACACCAUGUACCAGGUGCAGCAGUACUACCUGGACACGGCCGAGGUGGAGGCCUGGCUGAGUGAGCAGGAGCUGCACAUGAUGAACGAGGAGAAGGGGAAGGACGAGCCGAGCACCCUGCAGCUGCUGAAGAAGCACCUGGUGCUGGAGCAGACCAUCGAGGACUACGCCGAGACCAUCGGCCUGCUGUCGCAGCAGUGCCGGCAGCUGCUGGAGAUGGGCCAUCCGGAGAGCGAGCAGAUCAGCAAGCGGCAGUCGCAGAUCGACCGGCUGUACGUGUCCCUGAAGGACCUGGUGGACGAGAGGAAGAGCCGGCUGGAGCAGCAGUACUGGCUGUACCAGCUGAACCGGGAGGUGGACGAGCUGGAGCAGUGGAUCGCCCAGCGGGAGGUGGUGGCCAGCUCGCCCGAGCUGGGCCAGGACUACGAGCACGUCGCCAUCCUGCAGGAGAAGUUCACAGAGUUUGCGUCGGAGACGGGGAGCGUGGGGCAGGAACGCGUGACGGCCGUCAAUCAGAUGGUGGACGAGCUGAUCGACUACGGCCACUCGGACGCGGCCACCAUCGCCGAGUGGAAGGACGGGGUGAACGAGGCCUGGGCCGACCUGAUGGAGCUCAUGGAGACCCGGGGCCAGAUGCUCGCCGCCUCGCACCAACUGCACAAGUUCUUCUCCGACUGCAGGGAGGUCAUGGCUCAGAUUACGGACAAACAUCGGAGGCUGCCGGAGGUCCGAGCCCGGCAGGGCAGCACCGCCAACACCAGCUCGCUGCAGAGACUCCUGCACAGCUUUGAGCAGGACAUUCAGCUGCUGGUCACCCAGGUGCGUCAGCUGCAGGAGAGCGCCGCCCAGCUGAGGACGGUGUAUGCGGGCGAGAAGGCCGAGGCCAUCGCGUGCCGCGAGCACGAAGUCAUGCAGUCGUGGAAGGAGCUGCUGACGUCCUGCGAGGAGUGCCGGGUCCAGAUCACCACGGAGACGGACAAGCUGAGGUUCUUCGGCCUGGUCCGGGACCAGAUCAUGUGGAUGGAGUCCAUCAUCUGCCAGAUAGGAACCGGAGACAAGCCCAGGGACGUGUCCUCGGUGGAGGUGCUGAUGAACUACCACCACAGCCUGAAGAGCGAGGUGGAGGCGCGGAGCAGGAGCACCCUGGAGUGCAUCGAGAUGGGGAAGACGCUGCUGGCCGCCGGGAACCCUGCAGCUGAGGAGAUCAAGGAAAAGCUGGACAAGGUGAUGGCCAAGCAGCACGAGCUGUCUGAGAAGUGGGACACGCACUGGGAAUUCCUGCAGCAGCUGCUGGAGGUCCACCAGUUCGCCCAGGAGGCCGUGGUGGCCGAGGCCUGGCUGACGGCCCACGAGCCGUUCAUCAACAGCAACGAGCUGGGCGGCAGCGUGGACGAGGUGGAGCAGCUCAUCCGCCGACACGAAGCCUUCCGCAAAGCCGCCGCCACCUGGGAGGAGAGGUUCAGCUCUCUGCGGCGGAUCACCACGGUGGAGAAGUUGAAAGCGGAGCAGAGCACGCUGCCCCCGACGCCCCUGCUGGGUCGUAAGGUCUUCCUGGAGCCUCCCGAUGCCUCGCACAGCCCGCCCACGCUGCCCCGCCUCCCCAUCUCCCCCGUCACCCGACAGACCAUCUACGAGCAGAACGAGGGCAGCUCGCCGCCCUCGCCCUCCCCCGCCACGCCGACCCCCUCGCCGUCCUCCGUGGCCCGGCGGCUGGGGUCAAUGGUCGCCAGCUACUCCCCAGUGAUGAACGGCUCCAGCUACCGGCACCCCCCGGAGCUCCGGCACACCCUGGAGCCCCAGCAACCCCCGGAGCCCUGGCACGCCCCGGAGCUCCGGCACCCCCCGGAGCUCCGGCACCCCCCGGAGCCCCGGCACCCCCCGGAGCUCCGGCACGGCGGCGGCGUGGUGGGCGUCGCCGCCGGGCUGGUCCAGCCAGCCCCCUCCUCAAUAGCCUCCGUCGCCGCUGCGGCCAUGUUGAUCUCCGCCAACCAGGCGCGGGAAUCCGCCGGCUCGGUGAGGGACCAGGCGCGGGAAUCCGCCGGCUCGGUGAGGGACCAGGCGCGGGAAUCCGCCGGCUCGGUGAGGGACCAGGCGCGGGAAUUUGCCGGCUCGGCGAGGGACCAGGCAGCGAAGGCCGCCUGGUCCCACCUGCUGGCGGUGCAGCCGGAGGUCAAGUCCUCCCAGUAUCUACGGCAACCCAAGAUCAAGUGCCUGGAGGACGCGGUGACGCCGCUGCUGGUGGCCAGCCGGCUGGAGAAGGCGCGGGAGAAGAGGGAGCGGGACGCCAUGAUGGGCGAGAUGGGCAGCGAGCGGGCGGAGGUGGCGGUGAUGGCCGAGGUGGUGCUCCAGGAGCCGGGCCGCGAGCGCCUGCACAGCGAGCCCACCAGGGGGCCCCGGGGGUCCCGGGGCGACCCCACGGGCCACGCCGAGCCGCAGGUCCAGACGCAGCACCGGGACCAGCGGCUGGAGCGGCAGCUGUCCAGCGAGCAGCUGAUCCAGGCGCGCAGGGACGAGCUGCCGCAGGAGGUGUGGAGGGAACACGCCGAGCGGCGGGAGCGGCGGACGCUGGAGCGCCAGACGUCCAGCGAGCAGGAGGGCCACGGGAGCCACGGCGGCCACGAGGGCCGGCGCCGAGAGCGGGACCGGCACCGGCUGGACCGGCAGGAGUCCAGCGAGCACGACACCGGGAGAGAGCACUCGGACAGACGCUCCACAGGAGGAGAAAAGAGAUCCACCAUGGCGGAGAUCGUGGAGCAGCUGCAAGAGAGAGAAGCUGCACAGGCCCGCGGGGAGGUGCCCCGCCUGCCCAACGGGGUCCCGGAGAAGACGGAGAAAACUUCCCGCCUGGAACGGCCUCGAGCCCGGGACAGACCCAAACCACGACGCCGGCCGCGCCCGAAAGAGACCGGAGAAACCACCCGGAGGUCCCGGUCCGCCCCGGCCCAGAGCAGCCCGGCGGUGCAGCAGCCGCCCACACACACAGCACACCACGAGGGCUUCCUGUUCCGCAAGCUGGACAUCGAGACCCUGAAAAAGAGCACCAAUAGCAGGUCAUGGGUCAACCUGUACUGCGUGCUGAACAAGGGGGAGAUGGGCUUCUACAAGGACGCCAAGAACACGUCCACGCCCUACAACAACGAGCCCCUGCUCAACCUCUCCCACUGCCACUGCGACGUCACCAACGGCUACAAGAAGAAGAAGAAUGUCUUCACUCUCAAAACGAAGGAUGGCAGUGAGUUUUUGUUUCAUGCAAAAGACGAGGAGGACCUGAAGGCCUGGGUGAACAACAUCACGGCCAGUAUCUCCGAGCACGAGGAGAUUGCCAAAUGGGGCCAGCCCCAACCAACUACCUCAUCCACCGACGAGGGGACGCGGCGCGACGGCAGCAAGGGCGACAACCGCUCGGAGCGGGGAGGCUCGGACCGCAUCGAGCGGAUCGAGGAGGUCGACCUGGAGAAGGAGAAGGAGAAGGAGAGAGAGAAGGAGAGGGAGAGGGGGGAGCGCUCGGAGAAGUCGGAGCGAGGCGGGAGGUCGGACGCAAAGCGCUCGGAGAAGUCGGGGAAAAAGAAGUGAGCGAGGCGAUUGAUCAGGUGGGACCGAAGCAGAUUAACUCUGGGGCUGCGGACAGGUGAACGCCCCCCCCAUCCACCGCCACCCCCCACCCUCGCCCUUCCCUCACUCCGCCUCCAACGCCGUCCGCCAUGUUUGGAUGGAAACUGAAGAACUGACCACGGCAGCACUGAUCUGAGUUGGAGCGAGAGACAUCUUCCUUCUUCUCUCUCUCUCCAUCUUCUGCAACCCCCCCACGUCUCGUCACUCAGCUGACGGAGAAGUCAGCAAUGCUUCUUUCAUUUCCUCCGUUCACUGGCGUCCCUCCGCCUCCUCCCUUCUGCAUCUCAUUUAGCAAGCAGCACCGCCAUCUUGAGUUGCCGUGGCGACCGGCAGCGAUGGGAAGACAGGAGGGUGGAGGAGGUGACAAGGAGGUGACAAGCAGGGACACGUCUUCACGAUAAAGGAAUAAAAUAAACCCAAAGGUUGAAUAUGUUGGCCUUAAGAAAGAUCGCAAAGCGGCGUCCUUCGUCUCGACCUCGUCCGCAAGAAACUUUAAAAAGCGUAAAGAUCAGACGUGCUGCAACUCUCGCUCCCUCUGGCCUCAUUCAUCAAAACGUUGCUUAUUUUUGAGAGGCUGAUAUUUACGUUUUGAUAUUUUUAACAAAAAUACUUGAAGUUCAUCGCGAUCGGCCCGUUUUACCGGCGAGCUUUGCUUUGCUUCUCAGCACCGGCUCUUCGUUUGGCUCGAUUUUGAUGAAUGAGACCUUCGGGGCUGGAAACAUCUACUCGUUCAUCCUCUCUACACUUGUCCGUUCCCUCGUGUUGUUGUUUUGAAGCUCCCAGGGUCUCCACAUCUCUCAGGUUCUCCGUUUCGGUUUGUGUUUUCACGCGCCUCAGUCUUCCAGAUGCUGCCACGCUUCUCCAUCCUGGACCCCCGAGUCCGACCUGAACCCCGAAACCGGAUGUGAACCCUCGUCAAGUCUUCAGAGAAAGUCCAUGCGAGCUUUCAUAAACAUGCUUCGGAGCGUACCGUAUUUUCCGGACUAUAAGUCGAGUUUUUUUUCAUAGUUUGGCCGGGGGUGUGACUUAGGUGUGAAAUUAUUAACACAUUAUUACUGGUAUAUCAUUUCACAUGUUAUUUCCACACUAAACCACAAGAGGGCGCUCUAGGCCUGCGUUGAUAAUUUCAACAUUGGCGGAAAAUUUUAAAAACAACUGAGAAGAGCUUAACAAAAAUGGCAACCGAAAAGAAAAUCCUAUUCUGCAAAGUGCAAGUAGUAAAAUAUGCAGCUGAAAACAGUAAAUGAGCAGCAGAAAGAAAGUUUGGAGUUAGCCAGAAACUUGUAAGGGACUGGCGAAAAGCAGAGGUUACUCUUACUGAAAUGAAGAAAACAAAGAAAGCCAAUCGCGGGCUAAAAGCUAUUUUAAAUUGCCUUUCAAGGUGAUGUGUCUGUUCUUGGUGUUGGAUUUCAUAAAAUAAAUUUCUCUCCAAAAAUGCGACUUAUAUAAGUUUUUUUAUGGCUGGGGCGACUUGUACUCCGGAGUGACUUAUAGUCCGGAAAAUACGGUAAAUAGAAAUGAAAAACCGAUAGUGAGAUUGCUCGUGCUGCUCGGGGAGGAAUCGCUCGCCCGAAGACGCCCGUCUCUGCAGCCCACCGACCCCACGUCCACAUCCAGCCUGUGUUUUUAUUCCCUGUAAACUCACCACAAAGCCAU